AUGGCUCAGCUGACAAAAGAAAGAGAUCACUUAUUUGAGACGAUACGCACCUACCGGCUUCUUUUUGAAACUACGCGACAACUCAUUAACGAGAUGCAAGGUUGGUGGCUUAUUUUUGGUUCUUUGCAGUCGACCACAUUAACAUUCGCCCACAGAGGGAGUGAGACGCAAUAAUUUUGUCUUAUCCUCAAAGUCUCGAGAGUAACUAACAUCAAUUUUCUCCUAACAAUAUCCUUGCACAAUCAAAAGAAAAGGUUAUGAGAAAUAAUAAAAUGAUCAUCAAAAUGAAAAUGCUUUGAUUUUUAUCAAAUUCUCUCAACUAAUUCUGUAAGGAAAUAUAUGGAGAUCUGUAGAGAGAAUUCUUAUGUGGAUAUUGGGACUUAAAAGAUUACUCAUUAAGUCAAUGUUCCUCCAUAAAAAGAUUCAAAAGCUGACGCAUUAAGUGCUAGCCCGUCAUCAGAGCGAAUUGAAACUUGAUAACACCAGCUUUUUUUAAAGAUUUGAACAACCAAUUUUAUAAUUGAACCAUAACCUUUAUUUUUGUACUUUACAGUGUCAGUGCAUGAAGCUUCUUUACAAGAACAGAAGCUGAGAGGAGAACUCAGAAAACAAAACAUCCCUGCAAGCAGCUUAGCAUCGGUAAGGAGUAAUCCUGGUACAGGAUCGAGCCACCCUAAGGGAGUAGUUAGAGUACCAAGCUCAAGUCCAGAGGUCGCUGUUUUCGGUUUAACCAGAGGUCCCCUCUUUUCCACAGAGGCCUAGCGGAGAGUAGAACACAGGGGAGAAAACGUACGUGGUGUAUGCUGGGAAGGGGAAGAGAGGAAGCGAGGUUUCCGCCAUUUUUCUUUCCUUCGUUCACACGACAGCACUUUCGUGUUAUAACAGAAGUUAUGUUCUUGUCGUCGGAGCUUCUGUGAGGGAAAUAUGAGGUGCAUAUGUAGCCACACGGCACUGGCUGGUUUUGAUUAAAGUUGGAUCUGAGUUCAACUCCUUGGCCAUGCCUGUUGGUGCCUCUGAAGCUUUUACGUUUACUUUCGUUUUCUUAUUUAGACGAAGUGCUAGAAAGUUGUGGAUGAUGCCUCAUUUUGUUACCGUGCAUACGUCACACGUUUUGCAUAUUACCGGAAGGUCUCAUUUUGUAAAAAUCAAUUCGCACCAUAGAUUAGUAUUGUUAAAUAUCCGUUUCAUUUGAAUGGUCACAUCAUAGCUCUGGGAGUGAAAGAGUUAAUCACUAGAGAGCUUUAGAUUUGAGGAGGAGAACGAGUAUGAGUAUGAGAUUUAACAUAAAGUUUCAGAAUCUAAGCCCUCUACUGCUUGUUUGUUCUUAGCCAUCAGCUGUGACUACAUUGAUAGAUGAAAUGUCAAAAAAGAGAGAUCAGAUCGCUAUUACUCCUCGCCGACAGUGUCUACUUCACCCUGGACCCCGUGGAGACUCUGGUAUUCUGGGAAAGGUUUGUUCAGUUUACUUUUCGAUGAGUUCACACUAUGCUUUAGUCUGACAAUUUUUUUCCCUUUUUCUAAAGCCAUAGCAAAGAGUGAUUUAUAAUAACCGUUAUGCAUGUUUACGUCAGACGAGUAUAUUUCACCACCCAGCCUCGUUUUGAAGUUGAAAAGUUGCCAAGUUGUGCAUAAAUGAAUUCCCAGGGCAGAAAAGUUGAAAAGAAUAUUCACGCCCAAAGGGUGCAAAUGCAAACAGUUUUGUUUACAAACGAGGUUUGGUGAAAUUUGCUCGACUGACGUAAUUAUGCAACUUCAAAUCUUAGUGACAGCCCUGACCUCGGUAAUGAAGACACUUGGCUCUACCUCGUCGGUAUACUUUUGUUGCGUGUUAGCGCUAACGCUGUUCUCUGUUCCCCCUGCAGGUAGCUCAUUUAGCUCAAGUGGUAGAUGACGACGUUGCGCGAGUACUGUCGUGGCACAUGGCAUCCGAUAUGGACUGUGUCGUUACUCUCACGACAGAAAAGGUUCGUCCGUAGACUUUCAAAAAAGUCCUUUUUCCGAUUUAAUAUGGCGCGGGACGAAGGUCGACCUUUCGCGACUUCGUCGUACGCUUGGUCGCUUGCUAAGACCCUCGUCCUGUCGACUUCUAGCAAGUCUAGUUCGUUCCCUAAACCUCGUGUUUUGCCUGCUGUGCUUUUCGCUCAUCAUAAAUUCUCUCCCCUUUUGGGUAGCUAGUAUGUACGUAAGUUAUGCUGUUCCGCUCUAUCCUAUUCUACUAGACCUGUCGUUUUGUGCUCUGUAGGGUGUAUUUUUUAUUGCUGACAAGCGUUUGCGAGGUAGCAAUACUAUUGUUUGUGUAGCGAAAAAAUUCAAUUUUCUAGUAUUCUUUGUGUAGCGGCAAAUUCAAUUUGUGUCGGAUGUAAGAUCACCCGCGAACACACUUGGUCAUGACUAUCUUAGAGGUCUUCUUAUAUGACGUAGUAUAUCCGUACAGCGCUCGAUUGAAUGUUCAAGUUCCUGACAAACGGACAAUCUUGCCUGUUUAAACUGUCGAAUUCUUUUUCUUUUCCUCCGGUAUUAAUAAAAUCAAUCGAGUUAAAGGCUUCCGUGUUACCUCAGGAAUGAACCGUAACUUAAGUAUUUGCCUUACUGGUCGAAAGCACACUGAUUUCAUGAGCGAAUGUUUUACAUCAACGGGCAAAGUCAACGACUAAUAUUUUGGCACAAAACUGUAAAUUCCUCUGCUGCUUACUUCCUGGUAAUAAUUAUUACUGUCUCACUUCCAUGACCUCCACACAAGUCCUUUUGUAGCUCUCUAAAAUAACCAGUAACAUUUAACUAGUUUUUUGUCACUUUUUGAAUAACACGGGUGACUGUUUAUUUUCAGGCAAAACAAGUGUAUCGCGACUCUAAUGGCCAGCAACAAGUGCUACCCUUGGAUUCUAUCUUCAGACGUAGUUUACCAGAAUGGAAUAGGUACAGACCAAAUUAAACCCAGUUAUCAUAGACGCUGUGUCUCUCAGGAGUUUUCAAACCCAAACCUGCUUAACAAUUUUACACCAUAAAUCCUCUAUUAAGACCCCCCUCUCAAAUAAGCCCCCCUCACUAAUAGGCCUCUCCUUUUCAGAGAAAGAAAGUUAAUAAGCCCCCUUCUCUUUAAGCCUCCAUCCCCCCCCCUCCGCUUAUUAUUCUUCAUUAUUUUAAUGAUAGACUGUAUUAAUCAGUCACGACAGUAAAACAUGGUGUGGACUGAUCCAGGACGGUUUAUUUACCAACUAGAAGUUCGGAAUUGUUAUUGAUUUUCGGCUGCAUGACUCCAACGUCUUGUACUGGAACUUUUCCUCUUUGUAUUCUAGUUCUUUAUGGUAAACUGAUACCAUCGUUUCUUCUUAAUUAGAUAACCCCCUCUCUCUAACCCCCCCCCCACCUCAAAUGGGCUUGAAAUAAAUAAGCCCCCAAAGGGCUUUAAUUGAGGAUUUACGGUAAGUUGGUUUUUUUUUUUUUUAACCCAAAGAAAAUUCAGGGAGUGCUCAAGUAGUGCCGAUCAAGUUUAUAAAAUUUCCUGCCCGGUUUUAUGAGUUACUCUACUACAUUAAACUGUAAUAUACUGUUAUCUGCAGGUUUAACCUGGCUUACACUCUCAUUCAUUCGCGUAGUCAGUUGUGAUGUCAUAUAAUGGUGAUCUAUCUUUUGAAUCUUUAGGCGAAUUCAUAUAGAACCCUCUAUUUCGGUAGGACCCUAUGCGUGAUUUUUCGUUCCUGAAUUUGUGAAAAUUAGACUAUUAACCCCAAGUGCAUUAGAAAAAGUUAGCAAUGCUUGCAGACAUGUCAGCAGUGGCCUGUGAAUAUGCUAGUGAGCACGCUCAAGAAUUUUCCAGUGGCCUCAGAGUUUUAAGCCUGUAGCGUAGCUUAGCAAUGAGUAGCCAUUAAUACUGACUGUUAAUUUUAGAGCUCUUCCACAUAUACGAGGUCAGGGCAGUUACAAUCCGUCUGGUAACCCUGUGUACGCAAGAGAUAUGUUGAUGUUUCCAACAGAGGCGGAAAAUUGCAAGCUAGGUAAUACGAAUGUGUAUGCAAGAGUACUUAUUGUAGGGCCUGUGCGACAAUAGACCAUUAGAUAAUCAUUAGCCUGCUCUAUGUUCUCUAGUUUAAAAACAACUGUUGGGCCAACGCUCGAGAGGCGCCGGCGGAAUCUCAUGCGCGAGUGGCAAGCAGAUUGCCUCAUUCGAUAAGUUCUUGAAUGGAUAACUUCUCUAAGGCCAAGGUAAUUUGCUUGAAAGAAGGCAGUGCUGAGGGACGUUGAAUAGAAAUGAAUUUUCUGUUUAGGAAGGUGAACGUUUCGCUAACCCGUUGUCAAAGAGAUACCCAUUGGUGGAGCUCCGUGAUUAGUUGCAACAAGCUAGCGUAAGCGGCAAGAAUCAGUUACAUGCUCCCCCCUCCCCCAAAUUAGCCGGACGACAGUUUCUCCAAACAGGCAGCUAAACAUUGGCUAGUAUAGGGUACAAAUACGUUAAACCCAGGAAACAGUCCCCCUUAAUGCACAACAUCCACUUCCCGUUUGUUGACAUUUCCAGUGAUUCCACGCUCAGAGGUAGAAAUAACUUUGUCAAGAUACAUUGUUAUGGGUUUAGGGGUGCUUCGAUGUCGGUAACAGACCGAAGCCCCGAGUCACUUUCACCAGAAAUUACACUAGAAACGUCUUUGCUGUCCGGGGUAUACAAAGGUCUUCGUGACUGUCAAAAAUUUUCCUCAAACUCAAUAACAAAUAAAUGUAUCGAGAAAACAGGCAAAUUCUAUACCAUGAAUUGCGACACCUAAAUCAAACACUCGAAAGAGUUUUUCAUUUGGAAUCCAAAUAACCUUGACGUCACUAUGCCUCAUUUUUCAACUCACUUCUCGUUUUCUGCCCUAGGGGGUACUCCCUAUAAUGGCCUAUACGGAGAGACUCCGCCCGAAAGGGGUACCUUUUUCAGACUUCAGGUAUAUGGAAGGGUUGGGAUUUUACCAGUUGAAUUAUAUGAAAGUGGUGGGAAAUCUGUCAUUUGGGCCUGUGAAUGGGCUCAAAGGGCUGAGCAGAUGAAUUUCAGUGUUAUGGCUUUAUAAAGUCGGGAAAACGUUCUAUUUUUGUGAUUGAUUCCUACUUAAAGGACAAUGCAUUUGCAGCAGUUAAAAAGGGGUACCUUUUUCGUGAAAAAUGGUAUAUAAAAGGGUAAGGGGUUGGACUUUGGGGCGUAGCCUCCCCGUAUAAAAAUUUGUUGAGUACGCCCCCAGGAUUUUCUGCAUGUUUUUUGAAACUUUCCUCGGGUUUGAUUCAUUGCUUGUCUCAUUGCAGUGUUCGGUAUGUUACUGGGUGAUACACUGAUCCUAGAUGACCUGGACUGUGCAAAUAAAUACAGACAACAGGUGAGUACACUUGUUGUUAAUGCAUUUAAAGGUGAUGUUACAUCGGACGAUUCGCAGCAACGAUUUUUAGCGCUAGACAGCGUUGCAACAUUGUUGUGACAUUGAUUCAAAUGGUUGCAACGUUGUUCCAACAUUGCCGGCAAUGCUGUGCCACGGCUGGCUAUUUCAUGUUGUUAAUAUUGCCAAUUAAGCGUCCUUGUGCGCAAUGAAACUAAACGUAAGGGGAAAAAUUUUCUUGUAAACGACAAAAUCACAGCUUCUCGUCAAAUAAAUGUCUCUCAAGCAUUAUAGGAAAUGUUAAAUACGAGCAAAAUGAACUUUGGAAACUGUUAGGCUAACAAGUUUUCAAAAAUCGGUAAUUGCAAUCCGUUUUAGUCUUCCUCAGCUGAGUUUGUCCGCCCCUGCCUCUUUUUAUAUUUGCUGUGCUAUUAAUGCUUUGUUUAUUAAAUGUUUUGAGCGGUUACGGUAUUUUUAUGUUUCACUCAAUUUGGUGGCGGUUUCUACUGUUAGAAUUUUGAUACGUAAUUCAUGACUCAGCUCCUUUAACAUCAAUGUACUAGUGACGACGUGACAUUUUUACAUUUAGCCUGUUCAAAACUGGCCGGAUUUUUACGUACUAUCCCCACAUUCAAACAAUAGCUCGGAUUUUAAGGCUCGGAGAGGGUUGAAUCCACACCAGGCUCCAGGCUACCGUCCAGUGGAUAACUCAAUUGGUUUCCCUUAUACCUAUUCGCUAGACAGAGAUUUAUCCCGUAGAUAGCGCUGUCCAACGUUUGAACGACGAUGGGGCGGGUUUUUCGAGCCUUUAAGCUAAUUGCAAAAUUACAGACAUAGCUGUGGCUUUGAGAUAAAGCCACUAACAGACGACUGCAAUGCAAUAAAGAAAACUAUUGAUUUACGCCUGACUAUAGUGAACUUAACCAAGGACGUUUUAGAGCGACACGCACCAACCAGAAGUGGCUGUUUUGCAUCAUUGGUCAGCAGUUUUUUCCCAAAUUAAAUUUCUGGCAAUUCGUCUCAGUAAGAGUAAAGAUACCGUAUUUAUUCGAUUAACCUGCCCUGGGCGCUUAUUAAAUUUUCACCAUUUUCAGCAAGUCAAGUACGUUUAUUUUUUGCAACAAACAAUAAAUGGUAAUAACAAAACGCGAAGAUGUAACAAAGUAAGGUCUCUGUAAAAUGCUCUGAAGAAAACUUCGUCUUCGGGGAAGUCUCUUAUUAGUACUUAUUCAAUUUCAAUUUCAAUCUCAUUGUCACUCAAGUCAAUAAGUGAAUUCUCUGGUGCUGCCUCCUCGAUGUCCGACAUCGGGGAGUGGAGUGGGGGUGGGCGCUAAUUUGAGGUUGGGCGCUUAUUCGAAUAAAUACGGACUUAACAAGGCACAUUUGUUAGCGUCAAGGUAAUGAGAAAAGGCUUCACUUCCGGUUGACGUGUUACGUCCAGAAAUGUCUUUGCUUAAACUCCCUUGUGUAUUGUUAUGAUGUAGGUUGUAAAGCACACUCAUUGUCCUACGAUUCUUACAAGAGGAGGAGAUCGCAUCAGAAGUAACGGUAAGUUAUUGAGCCCAUUAACCUUUAAGUGACUAGUGUUUAAGAUUUCUCCUUAUUCUUACACUGUUCAGUCAAACAUAAAUAUCGAUAACAUGCUGAGCUGGCAGGUCGCGCAAUAUCACGUGAUCAUGGAAUGACGCAAUGGUGAGGUAGAAUUUCUCCUUAUUCUUACACUGUUCAGUCAAACAUAAAUACCGUGAGAAAAAAAGCACAUGAUCAGCAAGUGAAAAAGGUCUUGAUUACGCAGGAUAUGCGUGGAGAACGUUGUGGAGAAUGUUUGUAUUAAUUUUAGGGUUUAAAGGGUCGCACCAAUCCCCGUGAUACUGUUUCUUCUAGUGAGAAUUUUAAUCUCGAUUGUUUUGCUCUCUUGCAAAGGUAAAUUCGGCGGACUGCAGAACAAAGCUCCUCCUCUUGAGAGAAUGCGCGGCGCAGUGUUCGCUGCGCCUCUUCCGCUGACAUUCCAUUCACUGACAACGCAGAUUGGUGAGUGACAACUAAAGCUCUUCUCAUUUUUCACCGCCAAUGUAUAACUCCAACAUUGCUGCUAAUGUUUUUCUUUAUUCAUUAUGUUGUCAGAACAACUACAAGCUUUUAAACAAGCCGUUAUCAAACACACACAAGCCAAGGAAGAACUUUCGGUAAGCUUAAAGAAGCGCAUCGCAUUGGUUUUUUUUUCCUUUCGUACACAAAUCCACCCUGCUGUCAGUCUUCUUUUCUUGGGAGCGGAUGAGAAGGAGAAGUUCUGCCUGAAUCGCGUCGAGUCUUGUUUUAACCCUUUAAGUCCCAAAAGUGACCAACGUCAUUUUUCUCCUAACAAUAUCCGUAUAUUGUCAUAAGAUGAGGUUAUGAGAAUUAAUAAAAUGAUCGCCAAAGAAAAAUGCCAUGAUCAUUUAUUGAAUUCUCUCAACUUAUUCUUAAAGGAAAUGUAUGGAGAUCACUUUGGAGAAUUUGUAUGUGUAUAUUAAUUGGGGCUUAGAGGGUUAAGGCCGCUUUCCUUCUUAUCGUAUAGGUGAGCGCGACCCCAUAACUUAAAGAUUUGAAUCCGCUUUCACUACUUUUCUGUUCAGCUCGCCAGUUUAUUUUCAAAACAAAUCGUUGGUAACGGUUAGCUGAUUUACGAAUUUGAUCUUGGAGCAUUUGAAGGGAACACUUUCUCUAUCUCCUUUCUCUAACAGCUGCAGCUACAGCACGGACAAACGGAGGAGAUGAAAAUUAAACACCGGGAAUGCAGAGAGGCUGAAACCCAGUUACGCAUGAUUGAGGAGCGUUUGGGCAUGACUCCGACCCAGUACAAUAUGCCUCCCAGUCCGGCCACUAUGCUGCUGACAGAAAUCAACACUCCACCUACAAGAACAGCUACCUCGCGUCGCUCCAGCGCACGAGCUGCGGCUGCGGCUACCGCUUCUCCGACCUUAUCGACUCCGGUCGUAAAUGGUUCGAGCAACGCAUCGGGAAACACAACUUCUCCGCGAACGAGGCGAGGUGCUGCGAUCUCCCCUGAAGAUGUAAGAACCAGUAAACGAACGCGCCGAUGA